AUGAUGAGCUCAAAUAAGUUGAUAGCUGUGCAGCUGUAACUGUGAGUCUUUUGCUAUCUGUCUUUCAGUUCACACAUACUGACCAUCACAGACUUUCCUCUGUUUUCUCAGCACUCUGGCAUACCAAUUGAUCUACAACCCACUUCGCAGCCUCAAAGGACCUUGGUACACAAAGUUUACCAAAUUACCAUGGACCUACCAUUCAUUGAUUGGUGAUGUCCACGCAUGGGUUGGUCAACUUCAUGAAGAGUAUGGGGAGAUCGUUCGUGUGGCUCCUGAUCAGUUGUCUUUUACAAGUAGUCAAGCUGUAUGUUCACCCCUUUGAUCUUGGGAUUCAAGUGAAUGUCUGACUAACAUCAUCCCUCAAAGUGGCCAGGUAAGAGACCUCACUUUUGACUUGUAGCCAAAACUCAUCCAUUCUCAGAUAUUUUUGGGAAUAAUCUACCAAAGGAUUUAGGUAAAAGACUCAAGGAAGUUAACGGCGUUGCAAAUAUCGUAAGUCGGCCCACAAAUGCCAUACUUUGAACUCUUCUGAUUCAGGUUUUCGCGUAGCUUAUCGCAGAAGAUCCAGCCCAUCGUCGCAUGAGAAAAUUGGUAUCUCCUGCUUUCUCGGAUAAAGCUUUGAAUUCUCAAGAGCCCCUAUUGGUUUCAUACAUUGACAAGUUGAUAUCGGUUUUGACAGAGAGGGUGUCAGAAAGUCCAACUAGUAUUGUGAACAUUGUUCAAUGGUACAAGUAA